UCGCCACUCGCCGCCACCAACUCCGAGUCCAAACCCACCACUCCACCAGCCACCACAAUCCACGGCCCCGUCUCAUCGCCAUGGGAACCAAGAAUCUUUCACGGAAACAUCCCGCUUCCAUGGCGACGGCAUCCGCCACUCUGCUCCUUUCCCUCGCCCUCCUCGCCUCCGCCGCCGCCUCCUCGCCGUCGUCGGACGCGGAUGCGAUCUCCCGGUUCCAGGAGUACCUCCGCAUCGAUACGGCGCAGCCGGCGCCGGACUACGCCGCGGCCGUGGCCUUCCUCCGGGGCCAGGCUUCCGAGGCCGGGCUCGAGGCGCGCACGCUGGAGCUCGUCGCCGGGAAGCCCCUGCUGCUACUGCGGUGGCCCGGGCGGCGGUCGUCGCUCCCCUCGAUACUCCUCAACUCCCACACCGACGUCGUGCCGUCGGAGCCGCACAAGUGGGACCACCCGCCCUUCUCCGCCGCCCUCGACGAGGCAUCCGGUCGCAUCUACGCCCGAGGCUCCCAGGACAUGAAGUGCGUAGGGAUGCAGUACCUUGAAGCCAUCCGACGUUUGCGUUCUGCAGGUUUUGUUCCGGAUCGAAACAUCUAUAUAAUAUUUGUUCCUGAUGAGGAGAUUGGUGGGCAUGAGGGUGUUGAGCUGUUUGUUUCAUCUAAGGAGUUCAAAGAAAUGAAUGUGGGGUUGGUCCUUGAUGAGGGGCUUGCAUCUCCUGGGGAAGAGUAUCGUGUGUUCUAUGCAGAGCGUAGCCCUUGGUGGCUUACUAUAAAAGCAAAGGGUGCACCAGGGCAUGGUGCAAAAUUAUAUGAUGGUAGUGCAAUGGAGAAUUUGAUGAAGAGUGUGGAGGUUAUUAGGAGAUUCAGGACAUCGCAGUUUGAUUUAGUGAAGUCUGGAGAGAAGGCUGAAGGAGAUGUCGUGUCGGUGAAUUUUGCAUACCUGAAGGCUGGCACACCUACACCGACGGGUUUCGUCAUGAAUCUCCAACCAUCUGAAGCAGAGGUAGGUCUUGACAUCCGAAUCCCACCUAGUGCCCAUGUGGAAGCACUGGAGAGGCGCCUUGUUGAAGAAUGGGCACCAUCUUCACGCAACUUGACCUUUGAGUUUAAACAGAAGAUGUCUGUCCUGGACAACUUUGGUAAGCCAGCCAUCACACCUGCUGACAGCACAAACCCCUGGUGGUUGUUGCUUGAAGAAGCUGUGAAGAGUGCUGGUGGCAAACUUGGUAAGCCAGAGAUAUUCCCAGCCUCUACUGAUGCCCGCUACUUCCGACAGAUUGGGUUACCAGCAUUCGGUUUUUCACCUAUGGCGAACACACCAAUAUUGCUUCAUGACCAUAAUGAGUUUUUGCGCAAAGAUGAGUACCUCAAAGGAAUUGGGAUAUACGAGUCCAUCAUCAGGGCACUGGCCACCCACAAAGAUGGCGGUAAAGACAAUGACAGGGCAGAGCUAUGAGGAAAACCUUGACCUUGCCUCAUCUUGUCGCGAUUCUUGCUGCCCAACUGGAGCACUGAAAUCAUGAAUCCAGCACACUAAAAAGCAGCUGCUUAUGUUUCUGCUCCUGCGGCGAAAUGAUAGAACUGCAAACACCAUCCUUGUAUAUUUGCAAUAAGCGUACUUAGAAUAAUUGGCAUGACAUUGCAGCUCCUCUGCGCAAUUCAGGGCUGACCCUAUUGCUACUUGAUGCUUCAGUCUUAACUGUUGUAUCAGACUUACAUUCAUUGCAUCAGUAAUGCAGUACAUGCUGCCACGUGCUUCAUUGCUAUGUGCCUUUGU